ACUGAACUGAAACAAACAUUCCUAAAAGAGGCGGCCUUGGGGCUGCGAAAGGGAUCCUGGCAGUUUCCAAUGGAGGAACUCAAACAAGGUGUCAUAGGAUUCCUUUACUUAUUAACUUCACAGAGAUAGGCAAUAAUAAGCAUAAAUUCCAGCAAAUGGCUCUUUCCCACUUGUCAAUCAAGCCCGGAGAUUGCAUCAAAGUGAAGGGGAAAAUUGAACCAGAUGCAAAGAGUUUUGCCCUAAACUUGGGCCGGGAUGGUUCGGAUCUGAUCCUUCACUUCAAUGCUCGCUUUGAAAGUCUUGGAGAUGUCAGAACCAUUGUAUGUAACUCCAAGGUAAAAAGAGAAUGGGGCUCGGAGGUGCGAAAGUCCAUCUUCCCCUUUGAACAGGGAGAACAAACCAAGCUUUGUGUCCACUUUAAUGCUGAGGAGGUGACAGUAAAGAUGGAUGAAGGCCACGAAAUCAAGUUCCCCAAUCGACUGGGGCUGGAAACGGCAGAAUACUUUGCAGUGGAGGGAGACAUCAGUGUCAGAUCUGUCAAGUUCGAUUGAAUUGUGUUUGCACCCUUUUGGGAAUAUCAGUUCCCGGUUGGAAAAACUGAAAAUAAAUGAAAACAUGGUACUAGA